AUGUGUCUUCUGGUGGGACUACCGACUGUAUUAAUUGAUACCCAAUCACGAAUCGUGUUAUUGGGCACUCAAACGAAUUCGUUUCUUGUAGCGGGAACGAUUGCUAUGGCUGUCGCUGAAAUGUGUCUUCGCGCCGGGAAAGCUGCUUAUGUUGCGCGUUCUAUUAGACGUCGAGCGUCUGAUCUUGAAGCAAAAAUACUGGAGCUAUCAUCUAAUACUGAGCAAUCGGUAGAGACUUCUGCUUCAUCUUUGAGAUUGGAAUUUGAUCUGUGGAAACGACAGAUUAUUUCUUAUCACACCGCUGAAUUGACUGCUGAUAUGUAUGCAGAGUAUAUCGCCAUUGGGUGCUCUCAAUCGAUCAUUUUCUGGUGGUCUGGACACCCUUUUUACCCUGCAUUAGAGCUGGAAACUGGAGGUGCCAUGAAUCCGGGAGAUGUCGCCAUGUGGCGGUUUAAUCAAGUGGCUAUGCUCGCAUUCCAGUUCGUAGUUGAAAUUUUUGUCGAUUAUUUGUGCGUUGUGGUGGAGAUGGCUGCAGGGAUCGAUUUCGCCCGCAUCGAAAGUCGUAGUACCUUUCUAGGAGUCGUGUUCAUGAUGAUGGCCGUGCUUAACAUCAACAUUUCGAGUGUUGUGUAUCUAUCUGCUCCACGAGAACGACAAUUCGAAAAACAUUAA